CGUGGUAGAAUUAUGGUGCAAGCUGUAGGCCGCGCGUUCGAUGUGCUCGUGCUGACUGCACUCCUGACGCUGCUGUUCGUCGAUCAAGUAAGGACGACGACGAGGAACACGGCUUCUCGAAUGAUGCAGCCGUCGUGUGUACCGCUGCAGCAUGCUAUAGCCCCGUAGAAUGUUAGCGCAUAUCUCGUGUACCAGUGUCUCCUUGUUCUAUUCUGCUCGGCCCGUGGCCGAUCAAUACGUCGGUUUUACGCACGGUUCGCCCGUGUCUAGACAAUGAACCCUUGUCCGCUGUAUUUCUCGUUCAUGCGUCUCCUCUAGGCUGUGCAAUGGGGGGCAUGUCUGCUCUCCUCCAAAAGAGUGCUGUUCCUUCGGCUGUUGUUACGGUGUAUUCCAACUGCACUCUGCCUCAGACAUGUUCAAUUUCUUGAUUUGGACUUACUGGUACUUAUGGGCAGCAGUAUUUAUAGGAUUGGCUAUAGCAGCAGCAUGCGGUUGCUGGCUAUGGAGACGCCAUCGUUCAGUCAUGGUGGAAGACUGUGCUUCUUCUGACAGAGCUUCCACCGGUCCUUGGUAUCCAUCCCCGCAUUACAGUCACUGCAGUUCCUUCGUUCAAGCUCUACCUCCUCCGUACAAUGAGGUUACAGCUAAGCCGGAUCUGUAUCCCUUGGUCAUCGGUUACGACGAAGGGAAUGGCAAAGGAACUUCAGGAUUUGUAAUGCGGUACUUCAGGUCGCUCUCUCAGGCCAGCACAUUGGAUUCCUUGAGCUCCAGUUUUAUGUGCAACAUGGUGAACGAAGUGAACACCAUAAUUCCACCACCAUAUUCUUGUAACAACAGCGCCGACGAGCUCUCUGCGCAGGAAUGCGAGAGGAUGGAGAAUAUAGACGUCGGGUCUGUUGUUUCGUUGGCUAAUCAUAGGACAACGUCUGACAUAUCGAGUUUAGCUGCUCAAUCUCCGUGUUCACCGCCACGGGCUACUAGUCCAACGAUAGAGUUACGCGAACUUCUAGAUAAAAUUCAGCAGCUGCCACAGCUACCAAGUGGGCAUAGCACCGUUUUGCCUUGUUAUCAGAAUCGACCGCAAGUUUUGUGCACGACGAACGGGAAUGGCUCUACGCAACGGCCUCUGAGUCCUGGCGACGUGAUCGGCUCGCACCGGGACAGAAGAACAAGGGGAAAGAUGUACAUGCCGCUAGGACUUCCAAGCUCAAGGAACAAAACGAAACGAUGGCUGUCGCGCUCGGCGCCUACCACGCCAUCGGGCACGAUACCGAUGUCGUUCCUAUCCGUACAAAGCAGGCGGCCAUCUGAAACGGACAACAAUAAUCAGCAAGUGGUGCCGCUGCUCUCCGAACAGGACGAGACGGAGAACAACAACAUAGACCAGCUGAACGGCAUCCCGUUGUUGUCCGAGCAGGAGGAAGACCCGCAAGAAACAUGACAAAUCGUCUAAGCGUAUCAAGAAACGAUUAAUUAAUCUAUUAAGGAUUCGACGUCAGAUGUCGCCCCCCACCCCCUACCGAGUAAUCUGUAUAUUUUUAAACGUGGCUGGCCAACUCCUCGUCGCAGUUCCAAGCGAAUGGGCGCAUAAUGUUCGGCAACCUUAAUUUCGUCCAACGAAAAACAGACACCGCCUACCGCUCCUAGAAAAGAAAAAAAAAUCUAAAGAAAAAACCAAGAUAAAAGAGAAACGACUCGAUGCUGUGAUUUCAGUUAUAUCCGCGCGAGCGCGCGUCUACAGCCACCGCCAUUAGUACACGUUCUAUUUUCUAGCGAGUCUCUCUCUUCGCGAUAUCGAACCGGGUAGCGAUAAUAAUCGAUAAACGGCGUACUCUUCUUAAGCUCUGUGGUUAUAGCUUGCAGUUUAACCUUAACAUGACAAACACCUUCUCCCAGAAGACAUGUAACUUUUAUGAAGCGUUACCGACGAUGUAGAUCUUUACGUAGUCGAACUUCGAGCCCGGCUUGUUCUCGAUCUCGAUCGAACCGUGCAUUUGAUACAUCGAAUUUAAUUUUCGCGCGUAACUGUUAAUCGAAACGUAUAUCGCCACGCCUUAUCGACCGUGCCAUGGCGCGAAACACUUGUUCAAAUUCUCAUCUAAAACCACUGUGUGUAUACAAAAUGUUUUUUAGUUUGUUUUUUUUUCAUUAGUGCACUCGAGACACGUUUCAAUCCACUGUACAAGCAAAUGAGAAAUUGCUCGAUCCAAGAGGAUACGUUCAAAGUUGUUCGAUGGACAACGCGCGUCUUCAGUCUCGUAAAUUACGAGUCGUAAUACACGGCCUGGAAUAAAGCAUUUCGGCCUAGUGCACACCUUAGUCCUUAGAUUCACGUCUCUUCGAAUGAGAAUAAUUCGUUUCUGUAAAACUACGUAAUUACCUGAUAAAUAUUUUAGAUUCUGUGAUUAGAGAAUGCAUACUUCGUGUAAUGGCGGCAUUGUUCGCUGCAACGCGUCAAGUGUCGAUAAGGCGAUAAGUUAAGGAGUGAAAAUACCUUAGUUAUCGCAUCGAUGAGUUUUAAUCGUACACAAUAAUACAGUGUCCAUCCAAAAGCAGCCAGCCAGAAUGAAGUUGAGGACAAUAUGUACGCGUAAGAGGGAGAGAAAGAGAGAGAGAGAAAGAGAGAGAGAGCGAGCGAGUGUGUGAAUGGAACAGCGACACACUAAAAAGAUAAAAAAAAGAAAAAGAGAGAAACGAGGAGAACGAAAAAAAUAAGAUGUAAUUGUUUCUCGACGUGUUAAACGUACAAUAUCAAUUCCGUCGAGCGAGGAUAGGAAAGCAAAAAUUUCAUUGUAAACCGGAGACUUAUCGUGAGCACAACGAUUACAACGUCGUUCUAAGUAAUUUUAAUCGCGAAACAACGCGAAGUAUUGAUAAACUGUGCGAAGAGAAUCGAUACAGAUCCCCCAUUCAUAAUCAUAUAAGGUUUGAACAAAAGAACAUUUGUUACAACCGAUGAUCACAGACUUUAUUCUUAAAAACAACGAGAUAACUUCGUCACUCCAGAGAGAAAAAAAAAUACUGUACCGCGUCAUUCACGUACACACCAUGUAUUAACGUGUAUUUUUUUAUAAAUCAAAAUACGAAAUAAAAAGUCCAAGCUUUUACGAAAUCAUUGCACCUGUUACUCUGUAAACCUGUCGUUGCGAAUGGAGCCAACGACCGCGUUAUCAAUAAAGAUGUUGGACAUA